AUGGCAGGACACUUCAGAACUUCACCAGAACAAGCUUCGCAGCUCUUUCCCGCUUACCCACAGUUCUCUGGGUUCAUGAAACCAUGUCGUUUCGAGGGCGAAAUUCAAAAUCUCGAAGUCCAGGGAACUAUUCCACCCGAAAUAGAUGGCACGUUCUACCGCGUGAUGCCAGAUCCGCAAUUUGUGCCCUUUAUUGAAAAUGAUCCGUGGUUCAAUGGCGAUGGAAAUGUCAGUUCCUUUCGCAUCAAAGACGGCAGAUGCUGCUUCAAGCAGAGGUUUGUUCGGACAGAAAAGUUUGUGAGGGAGCGUGCCGCACAAAAGGCAUUACUGGGAAAGUACCGGAACAAGUACACAGAUGCGGUCAGCUUCAAGAUUCGGACCACCGCCAACACGAAUGUCGUGUACUUCAAUGGUCGUCUCCUGGCCUGCAAGGAAGACGCACCGCCCUAUGCUCUGGACCCUGAGACAUUGGACACGAUUGGGCUAGAGGACUUUGAUGGCCAGCUUCCGAGCUUGACAUUCACUGCCCAUCCGAAGCUUGAUGCCAAAACAAAAGAAUUGGUCUGCUUCGGUUACGAGGCCAAGGGCGACGGCACGCGGGACGUCUGUUAUUACUGCAUCAGCCCAGAUGGGAAAUUCACAGAGACUGUCUGGCUCGUCGCCCCAGUCGCUGGUAUGAUUCACGACUUCGCGGUGACAGACAAUUGGAUUCUUUUCCCAAUCAUUCCCCAGAUCUGUGACAUCGACAGGUUGAAGCAGGGAGGCGAACACUGGCAGUGGGACUCGAGUGUGCCCUUUUAUCUUGGUGUUUUGCCCCGACGUGGCGCUCGUGGGGAAGACGUAAAGUGGUUCAAAGCGCCAAACGCAUUCCCCGGCCACACCGUCAAUGCCUAUGAGGAAGAGUCGGGCAAAAUUGUUUUUGAUCUGCCUUUGACAGAUAAAAAUGUCUUCUUCUGGUGGCCAGAUGCGGAUGGGAAUGCACCAAAUCCCGAGUCAAUCAAGGCAAAGCUGGUCCGAUACACCUUUGAUCCUUGUUCAAGUGACUUGGAUCUUCCGCCAUUCACUGUCUUGUCUACGGAAGACUGUGAAUUCCCCCGCAUUGAUGACCGCUUUUCUAUGAAGCCACAUAGUCACAGCUUCUUUGACUUGAUGGACCCUAAGCUGGGCACAGAUUUUCCAGCCAUUGCCCCGGUGAUGGGCGGCGGACAUGCUCCAUACAAUGCCCUAGGAGCUUUGAACCAUCAGACUCUAGAGCUGCAAAAGUAUUUUCCGGGGCCAACACACCUAGUCCAGGAGCCAGUCUUCAUUCCUAAAGCAAAAGAUGCACCAGAAGGUGACGGAUGGCUCAUGGCUUUAGUCAACAACUAUGCUACAAUGUCCAGCGAAUUGCACAUUGUGGAUACUACCGACUUCUCACGUGCGCAGGCCAUCAUACUUUUGCCCAUCAGGCUGAGAGCUGGAUUGCAUGGAAAUUGGAUCGAUUCUGAGGAUAUGAAGGUUGCAAAUGAGUCUUGA